CUUCAUACUCUGUGGUCUUCAACCAUCAGCAGAUCGAACGACUAUAAUCUAAAUUCACUUGAAAUUUUUUCAAUCAAUUUAUGCAACCUCCAUCACAAAUAGCAGGCAUGGAUUGGGGUAACUGGGGAAAGUAUCCCAAGGAAUACGAUCGUGCAAUUCACGGUCCGUUUGACCCAGCGAAAUAUUAUGGAAAAGCUGACAUACCGUUCGGUCAAGUGAAACUCGCAGAGCUGCCUUCAUGGUUAGCACGUCGUAACAUGAGUCCUGUGAAAAUAGCUCAGGCUUGUGGCAGAGCUUAUUGGCGAUGGCAACACAAGUAUGUCCUUCCAAAAUAUGCUGGAGUAGCUCCAUUCUUUCAAGUUACAUGCAUCUCCAUGAUAUUUUUCUAUAUCAUUAACUACCCGAAAACCAAACACCACGCCAACUACAAGUACCACUAAAAAAUUACCAGUUGUACAAGUAGAAAUGAAUAUUAAUUAAAAUUUAAAUGUUCUAAAAAUGUAAUAAAGAGUAUUGUCAAGAUAAAAACGUAUGUCAACAAUUCAA